GCCGAAUCCGACACUCAGGAAAUGAGCGCCAUUUUCAAGAACGGGUGUCAUGUCGAUCGCAUCCCCAGCACAUGAUGCGGCCAUGGCGGUGCUCGCCGAGAUGUUUCCGAGUGUUCCGAUUGACAAGAUGUAUGCUGCAUUGUCUAGCGUCCACGGUGAUUUGGAUGCCGCAAUAGACAGCCUGCUGAAACCCCAACGAUCCAAACGCAAGUGCUACCCUGAUAUCCGAGCAUUCUUUCAGCAACCCAUCGGCGCAGUUCCGCCACCAAAGAAACGCCACAUCCACACGAGCUUACCUGCUGAAUUUGUGCCGUCCGAGGACAAGAAUGUGGUCAUGGCGUCGUUUUCCCAGUGGGAUCCGACAAAGGACCCGCAGAAACCCAAACUGCUCACAAGUCAGACGCUCAGUCAGCACGUGCCAUGUCUGUCGCUUCAACUCAACUUCCUGUCGCACGGCCAAGCCGAUAGCCUGUUGCAUGAGAUGUUGACCACCUCCACCGACUGGGUUCGAACAAAGUGGGUCAUAGUCGAUCGUGAAGUCGAAUCCCCGCACCAUACGCAGCUGUACGGUGUAAACGAAGAACAGCUCGCACGGAAAGCCGACUUGUACGCCAACACUGGCACCGCGGCCACCAAGAUGAAGGUUUUCCCGCCAGUGCUGCAAUCGAUCACAGGCGAGAUUGAAGCCACAGUGAACCAAGCGCUGGUCACACGUACAAGGCACCCACUCGAAGCGCCAGGGCCGUGGGUUGCCAACAUCGCGCUGGGCAACGUCUACCGCACCUCACACGAAAGCGUGGGUUCGCAUUCAGACACAAUGACCGAAUUGGGCCCUCGGCCAACGAUCGCGUCGCUGACGCUCGGAGCCGAGCGGAUCUUUCGCAUCAAGCGCCUUGCGACAGACACGAUGCCCGCGCAAACGUUCAACGUCCAACUGCCCCACAAUUCGCUCUUGAUUAUGUUUCCUCCCUUCCAAGAGUUUUACCGCCACGAAGUUCCGCCGCAACAGCCGUGGCAAGUAAAGGCGCAUCCCGUUGCCCGCGAGACUCGCGUGAACAUUACGUUUCGCAUGAUGCGGUCCAACUACGUUCGCCACAUGCCGCGAUGCCAUUGUGGAAAAGUCGCUGUCCUUCGCACAGCCAACCGGCCAGCAAAGCGCCAUGUUGGCGAAUACUUCUACAUGUGCGCUGGGUCUGUCCCUACCUCGUGCACAUACUUUUGCUGGCUUCGUGACCGUCUCCCGCUCUUACAGGGAGACAACGACACGGAUGCAGCGCCAUUUGAUAGCAACGUUCCCAACUCGUAAGCGACGCAUCCACAGUGCUCGAUUCGACCAGGCGUGCUUCAAACAUCACUGGCAAUCGAUUCGACAUCGUCGGAAGGCGGCGUGAAACACCUGGAGCGUCGACGUUAGCUGGUGGCCCUUCGUCGUCGCCUCCUGGAGUCUUUCUGAGCCAACGCUGUCUGUAGUUUUGUGUUUGGUGUACCCACCUUCGAGCGGAACGAUGCCCGCACCCUGUGCUAGUAUCGAGCCAUGGCCUCGAACGAGCCCAUAUCUGGCGCGAACGAUUCGGACGACAUU